CUUCGCGGCGCGCUAGGCCUCCUCCCAGAGCUGGACCGCUCCUGGCGGCUGCUUGCAGCCUUCUGCAUCCUCAGCUUCCCUCCUGGUUCCCAGUGAAGGUCGCAGGCAUCCUCCAGACAUGUCUGCAUAGUCCUUUCCAGGUAGAAAAAAAAAAUCUGUGUGAUGUAUGGUGCUUGAGUUUGCGUAAACAAGUCAGACGACUCCUCCGUAAAGUAAGCUCAGCUAGCUCUCAGGCCUAGGAUGGAAGAGUCGGCACCGGUGGAAAGCCAGGGUCAGCUCCCAAGCCCCCACCACGGCUCACUGAGGAGGGCAGUGGCUGCUGUCCUGGCCCUGGACGGGGAAUCCACAUUGGGCCGCAGGAAGAAGAGGAGGAAAGACUCCCGACCGGAAUCCAUCAUCAUCUACCGGUCAGAUAACGAGAAGACGGAUGAGGAGCCUGAAGAAUCUGAAGGUGGAGAUCGGCCUAAAGAGGAAGAGGGGGAGGACUUCCUGGACUAUCCUGGGGAUGAUGGUGUGUGGAACAUGCCUCUGGACAGCCGUUAUGUCACACUGACCGGGACCAUCACCCGAGGGAAGAAAAAGGGUCAGAUGGUGGAUAUUCACGUCACUCUGACAGAGAAGGAGCUGCAGGAGCUGACCAAACCCAAGGAGCUGUCCAGGGAAGCAGCACCCGAGGGAAGAAGGGCCUGCCAGGUCGGGGCCGACCAGGGGCCACACGUGGUCCUCUGGACCCUGGUCUGCCUGCCUGUGGUCUUUGUGCUCUCUUUCGUCGUGUCCUUCUACUACGGCACCAUCACCUGGUACAAUAUCUUUCUUGUGUACAAUGAAGAGAGGACCUUCUGGCAUAAGAUCUCCUGCUGCCCCUGCCUCAUUCUCUUCUACCCAGUGCUCAUCAUGGCCAUGGCCUCUUCCCUGGGGCUCUAUGCUGCUGUGGCUCAGCUCUCAUGGUCCUGGGCAGCGUGGUGGCGAGCUGCCUGUGACAUGGAGAAAGGCUUCUGUGGCUGGCUCUGCAGCAAGCUGGGUCUGGAGGACUGUUCUCCCUACAGCAUUGUGGAACUGCUGGAGUCUGAUAAUAUCUCGGGCAAUCUCUCCAACAAGGACCCCAUCCAGGAAGUAGAAACCUCUACUGUCUAGACCUCCAGUGACUUCCUUCCCAGGCCCUCAUUGUCUAUAGUCAUUCAAUGGAAUCUAGCAGUUCUUUCCUUAAACUAUCUAAUGUCCUCUACAGUCCUGGGGCAGCCUAGCUCACACUGGUGUAUCUCAUCAUCUUCAUUAUUCCAAGAUGGUGGAAAACAGAAAAGCGACUUGUGCCAAAGCAGUGCAUCUGAAAUACAAAUGCUUCUUGACUCUUGGCCCUAAAAUGACUGCUUAUGUGCUGUAUGAAGAUACAUCAUAAAUUCCUUCAGGGGCCUGAAGAUGUUAUUGGUGCCUAUGACCCAGGGGAGUGUGUGCCUAAAUGUGACAGAAAGGAUAAAGAGGCUCAGGGGUGACCAGAUCCACCAAGAUAAUAGAUGGGGAUGGAACAACACAUUUAGGGAGUUAGGCUAUUAAAGAGUGUGCAUCACUGUAUUUAGAUAGAACUGCACAUAACUAAAGCCACAAAUACCAGUGAGCCAAACAAGAGAGAAAUGUACUUCCUUCUUAUGCAGAUGUCUGGAGGCAUAUCAUCCUAAGACCCUAUGAAGUUUUCUGGGGUUCACUGGAUGGCAGAAUGUGGCCCUCGGUGCUCCUCAGUUUUUAAAUGUUAACUACAGCUCUUAACUGUCAUAGCAACAGAGACAGAAAGGAGAGCACACUCUGCCUGUUUAAGGAGGCUUUAAAAGCCCCCCCCAAUAUUUAUUAUCUCUCAUUGGCCAUACUAUAGUCACAUGACCUUGCAAUUAAAUGAUGCUGGGAAAUGUAGUCUUUCAUCUGGGUAACUAUAUUCUUAGAUGAAUACUGGGGUUAUGUGAAUUUGAGAAAAGGGGGAUAGUGGCUAUUGGGUAGUCAAGUACAAAUCGAUAUCUUAGGACAGGUAUUUAGAUACAUCCAGAAUUCCAAAUUCCAAACGCAGCUUUAUUUAUUUGUUUAUUUAUAUAAUUAUUUUGUCCCUAGUCUUACAUGGAGAGUUUAUACAUAGAUCUGAGUUACAUACACUAUGCAUAUGCCUUAGACAGUAGCAUCUCGUGUACUUGGCAACUUACCUUUUGUCAAGUGGUUUCAGGGUUCUUUGGAAAGACCCAUUAGAUAGGAGCAUAUGGUCACAGAGGCACAGCACAAUUCUUCCUGAAAAGGAAGGGGAACAGGGAUUAACAGUAUUUAAUCUAUAAAGAUGGAGGAGAGGGAGAGAGAGAGAGAGAGAGAGAGAGAGAGACAGACAGACAGACAGACAGACAGAGACAGAGAGACAGAGAGAGACAGAGAGAGAACAUCUUCUGAAUGCUAACCCAGCAGAGAUCAGUAGCUCAGAAUACAAACCAUUGUUAGCCCAUGGUUUCACCAAACUCAGGAGCCUUAUUUGCUCAGACCUUUCUAGCAUGAAGCUUCUCUGACAGGGUUAGGAGUAAUAUAACAGAUUAAUCCAGAUAAAAAGAUUCUGGACUGGAGAAAUAACAACUUCAUUUUUAAGAGUGUCCUGAUUUCAAAAUGCUGAGUCCUAAGAGGUCAGAGGUCAGCAAGGUUUUUUUUUUUUGGUGUGUGUGUCUCAGAAAGAAGUGCUCUGAAGCACUCAACGAACCAGAGGGGUUGAUCAAGCUCCCCCAAAGCCAGCCAGGGACAUUUAUUUAAUGUAUGGUGCUGAACUCCACUUUCAGAGAAUUAAAAAAAAAAAAUCCUGUUAUUAGUUUGAUCAAAAGGAAAAGAAAAUGCGUCUAGUAUUUUUGAGGAGA